CCCUUUAUCUCAAUCUGAUACUUUUUUUCAUACAAAAUAUACAUAAAAUGAAUAACAGCCAACUUUCCCACUGUCAAGAUAAUCAUUGCUAUUCACAUCAAGACAUGUAUCCUAUCGUUGAUUAUCCUUCUGCUCAUCAUUGUAAUACUGGCUAUCAAUACAGUCAUACUGUGCUUGAAGCUCCCAUGUCGGUCAUGAACCCCACUAUUACUUGGUGUCCCACAGCAGAGUUUAAUCCUACCGGAAACAAGUAUCCCGCUGCUCUCUAUUCAAAUGAUACGCCUCCUCCAGAAGAGAGUCUAAAUACUUUAUUGCGCGAACAAAAUGACAAGUACAUGACUUUUACCAACACACCGCUCUCUCCCAUGAGUAUGCGUUCGGUAGAUACCUUUGAUGCGCCACUCUCACCCAGCUAUCAUCAUUCUCCUAGUCUAUACUAUGCUCAAAACGAUGAUGCAUACUUGCAAGACUAUCCUCAUCAACAAAUACAAUUACAGAUGCAAUAUGAACUGGAACAUAUGCAAUCUCCCUCCAACCACUUUGUUCAAGAUUCAUACAAUACUACUUUUGAUAUGAAUCAAUUCAACUACCCACAACAACAUCAUCAAUAUCAUCACCAAGUAAACACAGCUAUGAUGACACCUUCUACAACAACAACAUCAACAACAACAACAACAAAGCGAAAGAGAAAUUCUGGCAAGAGAACACCUGCCUCUCAAUUAAUAUGUCCCACUUGCUCAAGAAAAUUCUCGCGUCCAUACAAUUUGAAAUCACAUCAAAGAACACAUACUAAUGAACGACCUUAUGUAUGUCAUUACCCAGGAUGUAGCUGGACUUUUGCGCGUCCCCAUGAUUUAAAACGUCAUGAUUUAUUGCACUCUGGUAUCAAGAAGUACAUUUGUUCUUGUGGCAAACCUUUUGCACGUAGUGAUGCUUUCAAACGACACCAAGCUGUAGACAAGGUCUGCUCUCUUCGCAAGGCAUGAUCAUCUUGUGAAAGCUUAGGCGUACGCGUAUAUGUAUUGUCUGCUAUCUAUUAUGAAAACCCUCUCCUCUUAUGCCCUUAUCUCCUCUCUCUUAACCUAGAAGAAUAUCAUGAACCUUUUUAUGCAAAUUCUACCUUCUUUCUUUUUCUUAAUUUAAUAUUCUUUUUUGUUCAUACCCUGUAUAUCCCAUCUCAACUUUUUUUUUGUAUCCCUAUCUAUCUUUCUAUAAACUUAAUAAAUUAUGACUUAACCCUCUUUGAAAAAAGUUU